CCGCCCCCACCCUGGGCGGGGCCGCACCUUGGCCUGCCGCGGGCCUACCUUCCCCGGAACCCGGGGGCCCAUGGCUGACGCGGCAGACCCCUGGGGGUGGCCGUCGGGAGAGGCCCGCGCGCUCGGCCGGGCGGUGAGGCGGCUGCAGCGCCUGGAAGGGCAGUGCGGGGACCCCCGGCUUGCCUCCAGCCCCCCCUCGCUGCGAGACCUGCUGCCCCGCAUCGUGCAGCUGCUGCGCCAGGUGGCCCACGCCCGGCGGGCGGCCGGCGGAGGCGGCCCCGAGGGUCCCGGUGGUGCGAGGGACUUUCUCAUCGUCCACCUUCACAACCUGGAGGCCAAGAGCAGGCAGGUGGCGGCACUGCUGCCACCCCGGGGUGAGAGGACUGCCAACGACGAGCUCUUCCGGGAGGGCUCCAGACUCAGUGGGUGCAGGUGUCGGUGGGAGGCCCGGAGUCCAGUCCAGGUCCUCAGAGCCCAUCCCCACAGGCGACAGCUGGCCAAGCUGGCCCUCAUCUUCAGUUACAUGCACGCGGAACUGGGUGCACUCUUCCCCAAGGGAGAGUACUGUGGGCACACCUACCAGCCCACCAAGGCGCAGGCCCAUGCCUUCUGGAGGGAGCACUGUGGAGCCCGGUGUGUGCUGCCCUGGGCUGAGUUUGAGUCACUCUUGUGCACCUGCCACCCAGUGGAGUCAGGCUCCACGGCCCUGGCCUUGCGCUCCACCAUUAACCUCACCUGCAGUGGCCACGUGUCCAUCUUCGAGUUUGACAUCUUCACCAGGCUCUUCCAGCCGUGGCCAACACUCCUCAGGAACUGGCAGCUCCUGGCAGUCAACCACCCGGGCUACAUGGCCUUCCUCACAUAUGAUGAGGUCCAAGAGCGUCUGCAGACCUGCAGAGACAAGCCAGGCAGUUACAUCUUCCGACCCAGCUGCACUCGCCUGGGUCAAUGGGCCAUUGGAUACGUGAGCUCAGAUGGCAGCAUCCUGCAGACCAUCCCUCUCAACAAACCCCUGUUCCGAGCACUCCUGGAUGGACAAAAAGAAGGCUUAUACCUCUACCCAGACGGGAAGAACCACAACCCAGACCUGACUGAGCUCUACCAGACGAAACCCCAUCCCUACAUCCGUGUGUCGGAGGAGCAGCUGCAGCUCUACUGGGCCAUGGACUCCACGUUCGAGCUCUGUAAGAUCUGCACGGAGAGCAACAAGGAUGUGAAAAUCGAGCCCUGUGGGCACCUGCUCUGUAGCCGCUGUCUGGCCGCCUGGCAGCACUCGGAUAGCCAGACCUGCCCCUUCUGCCGCAGAGAGAUCAAGGGCCAAGAGGCCGUGAGUAUCCAAUUCCAAGUGAAGCCAGCGGAAGCCAGGGCCACUGCUGAGCACCUGAGGGAUAGCAGUGACCAGGAAGAUGAGGAGGAGGAGCUGGGACAGGUGGUUUCCUCAGCACCCCCACAGCCCCCUCAGCUGAGUGUGUCUCCCGCUAAAGGCCAGCUGAAAGUGGAUUUUCCGAGCCCCUGGCCUGCUGGGGAGGGGCCCGUCUCUGCUAGCGUCUCAGGCCAAGCACACGCAAGAUUCAAUCAAUACAGGGCUGUCUUCAAACAAACAGCUCAGGAAGUCCGGGAACACGAUUCGACCGCAGCAAACAAUUCCUUGAAGAACAUUUAACACUCUCUGGAUGUUUCCUUGUCCGUGCACUGAUUACUCAUGGUAUCGUGCACUGAUUACUCACUCUCUGGAUAUUUUCCUUAUCUGUGAGCUGAUUAUUCAUGGUAAGCCUCGUGCUCAGUAGAUCAUCAGUUUCAUGAGGACAGAGAUUUGUGUGCCUGGUUCAUAGCUCUCUCUUCAGAACCUAGAAUAGUGCCAGACACACUGUAGAUUCUGAGAAUAUUUGUGAGAUGGAUGGAUGGAUGGAUGGAUGGAUGGAUGGAUGGAUAGACGGGUGGGUCGACGGAUGGAUGGAAAGAUGGACAGAUAGAUGGAUGAAAGCAUGGGUGGGUGGAUGAAUAGAUGGACGGAAGAAAGGAAAGAUGGAUGGAUGGGUGGACGGACGGACGGACGGACGGAUGGAGGAAUGCGUAGAUGGAUGGACAAACAAAACUUCCUACUUAAGCCAGAAGUCCUAGGGAAAAAAGCAACAUGGACCAGGGACACUUCUGUUGUACUGUCCCUCCCUCCUCCUCCCCCCAGCCACCAAAGUGUUAUCACUGUCUGGACCUAUGAAAUGAAAAGACAGUUGUAGCUCAGCUGUGACAUUUCUUAAUCUCCUCC